UGGAGCUUCAAGGAACAGGAUCAGCCCUUUAAUGUUUUAAUAGUUUUCUAACUUCUUAUUGGCUAAUGGACCAGCUACAGUAAGCAGAGUUGCUGUGAAGUUUAGACUGAGCUCUCUCUGCCUUUAAUCAGAAAAAACAACAUAGCUGGAGUCUAGCAAAGCUAAACACUUAAGGAGACUUCCUCACUUAUUUGGAAAGAAGAUUCAUGGAAUGGUGGCAUUCAUAAAAGAAGACUUUUAAUUUUUAUUUCUUUUUUUAUUAUUAUUUUUUUAAGUAGAAUUGAUCUCUAGAGUGAAAUAUCAGAAUACUGGGGACAGAUUUAUUCAAAUGGGCAUGGUGACACUUCUUGCUCUCUAUUCCAGCAUGGGACUCUGGUCCAGGAUCCCUCCAACAUCUGCCAGCUCCAUCAUGGUACUGUUUCUUGUGAAACAGUAUUUUCACUCCCAGGCCAAAGGUUCUCUGCUGGAAAAAACCACUACUGGAUGGAACAAAUAUAAACAGGAAUGCUUGAAAAUGCUGCAGGAAUCAUCUGUAGACAGUGGAAUACACUGCAAUGGGACAUUUGAUCAGUUUGUUUGCUGGCCUUACUCACCCCCAGGAAAUGUCUCUGUCCCUUGUCCUUCGUAUUUGCCGUGGCUGGAAAAUGGAAGUGUAGGACAUGUAUACAGAGUCUGCUUGGAUGAAGGGAUUUGGCAAACAAAGGAAAAUUCCACAGACAUUUGGCGGGAUAGUUCAGAAUGUUCUGAGAAAAAUCAUUUCCAAAAAAAUGAAGAAGAACAUAAACUCCUCACCACAUUACAGCUGCUAUACACUGUAGGAUAUUACUUUUCUCUCAUCUCACUGGUAUUGGCUCUAUUUAUACUUUCUUUACUCAGAAAACUUCACUGCACAAGAAACUACAUCCAUAUGAAUUUAUUUGCAUCCUUUAUCUUGCGUGCAGCAGCAGUUCUUAUAAAAGAUUCUGUCUACUACAAUAUUUACUCCAAAAGGCCAAAUGAUGAAACUGGAUGGAUAUUAUACCUGAGUCCAGAGAUUGUAAUCAUUUGCAGGACUGCCCAGUUUUUCAUGCAUUACUUUGUUGGGGCAAAUUACUUCUGGCUUUUAGUAGAAGGGAUUUAUCUGCAUACAUUAUUGAUAACUGUGGUGCUCUCUGAAAGGCGGCUGCUACAGACAUACAUCGUGAUAGGAUGGGUUGUUCCAAUCCUGUUUGUGGGCCCUUGGGGAAUAAGCAGAUCCAAACUGGAGAACACAGGGUGCUGGGGAACAAAUGAACACAUGGGGAUCUGGUGGAUCAUCCGAGGACCAAUGUUGUUUUCCAUUGCAGUUAACUUUGUCAUCUUCUUAAAAAUUCUCAGAAUGCUGAUUUCCAAACUAAAAGCUCAGCAAAUGAGUUUUCAUGACUACAAAUACAGAUUGGCAAGAUCUACACUUGUGCUGAUCCCAUUGCUGGGGAUCCACGAAUUUGUAUUUACCUUCAUCACUGAUGAACAGGUGGAAGGACUUUCAAGACAUAUAAGACUUUUCAUUCAGCUGACAAUGAGCUCAUUUCAUGGUUUUUUGGUAGCAGUUCUCUAUUGCUUUGCUAAUGGAGAGGUGAAAGCAGAGCUGCAGAAGCAGUGGUCCCGUUUCCUGCUGGCAGAUCCCUUUGGCUGCAAACUCUGCUUUGUCGGGGAAAACAUAAAAUACCUGAGGAAAUGUUCACAGAAACGGAAAAAGCAGCACCUGAGCAGCAAGCAGCACUUCUGCCUGGAGGUGAGCAAGCCCUGGGACAUGCAGCUGAAGCAGCUGCUGGGCAGGCAGAGGACAGAGGCCAGCCCAGGCCCUCCCCAGAUGAGCAUGUCGGACAGCAGCGAGGGAGAGGUCACCACUGGAGAGACCACCGAGGAAGUCUUUGAGGAAAGUGAGAUUUAGGAAGUUGUCCCUGGGACAGAACCUGCCAGCAGCCAGUGUUUGCAAAGAUCUGUCACCUGCAGCUGCUCAGAGCUCUGGGAUGUGCAGUGUGAGGAACAAGCAGUUGAUAUCCCAGGUGUUCCCGUUUUCUUGGUCUGAGAACAAUGAUUUUUAUCUGGAUGUGGCUGACCUGGGCAGGAGAGCUCCUCUGCAUGGAGCAGCCUGGAUUUCAGCUGACAUUUUUGCUGGAUGAACUCUGGGAAUAAGCAGGCUCUGGAGACACAUUUUAUCAGCUUCAUCCAUAUGUACUGCCUUUGAGUCACAUCAUGAGAAGUUCUUAGUUUUUCUUUUUCAUAGGAGUGGUUCAUAAAUAGAGAGAUGUGUGUGGAAGACUCCUUCCUUCCCAGACUGAAAUCAUACCCCAGCUCAAGAAAACCACUCCAAUUCUAGAACAAACCAGACCAAACAUAUACAUAAACCCCAAAAAACAAACUUGGGAAGAACCAAGCUUUUGCUUGAAUUUUUGAGCAUCUUCACUUAAAAGUUUAGUGCUGGAAAUGUCAUUAUGAGAUGAAAACCCCAAAUAUUUCCAUGGAAUGUGCCCAAAUGAAAUGUUCUGAUGCAGUUUUUGUUACUUUUUAUUUUUUUAUGGAUUUAUUUUUUUACACAAGCCACCAUGACUUCUGGUUUUCCCUACAUGUGUCCUUAAUGACAAAACAACUCAGUGGUAAAUUCUGCCUCCAUCUUCCUCCCAGGGGACCCAAAAUGGGAUUGUGACAGCACCAAAAGAAUAUUGUGAAAUCCUUCUUCCUCCAUUUAACAAGAGCCAUGGUGAAGUUUCAUUUCUCACAUCCAAACUCAUCCAGAGACCCAUGAAAUGCAAUAAAGUUGGUUAAUAUUCUAUGAUCCAGCUUAUAUAGCUUACCAGUGCUCCAGUGAUUAUUUAUCAGGCUACAAAGGUUUAGCCAUGUGGCAUUUAUACUCUUUUAUUGCAAAGAACAGAUCAAUUCAUUGACUAGCUCUAGUUCAAAACAUAUUUCUGGCACUUAAAAAAAAAGUAUUUCUUUUACAGUUCUAUCUGUGUUUAUUUAAUCAAUACAAAGUUGUAUAUUUCAGUAAUAUAUAUUAAUAAACUGUAAAUGUUUGAUCUGUUUUAAAAUAAUAGAUCUGGAGUUUUUAAAGGGUUUUUACUAGAAUAUGAAUUCUGCUUAUGAAGAAUUUUACUGCAAUGGAUUUCUUCAGCAGCCACUGGAAACACCAGACACCACACAUGCACACAUUGAGUCUUCCUCAAUUUAAAACAGACUGAUUUCUUCUAGAGCCAUUGUUUAAGACACAAAAGAGAUCAAAGUGAUUUACAAUGUGUUUUACUUAGGUGUUAAGAACAUUGAAAUGGUAAGAUUUUUAUGGCAUCUCAGUGAAAUAGUUUACAUUUUAAUUGCAUUUUAAAGAUUUUCAUAUGGCCAAGAGACCAGUUUUGAGUGUUUUGAAAAGCAGCCCCUCUAGCUGCAUUUUCUCCUCUCUAUUAUGUGUUUGGGCUUUUUGCCUCUUUCAGUUUAUAAAAUCAACUCUUGUUAUAUAAGCAGGUCCUGUUGGCCUGAGGUCUGAUCCAGACAAAAACAACCAUCACAUGGAUUCCUUCAGAAAGCGCCUUCCUAAGUAGAUAACACCAAGAAUACAGCAUGAUUUACUUGACAGAAUUAUUACAAGCUCCUGAUUUC